CCCUGGUUGCUUUAAACAAACAACAACAGUGCAGAGAAACCAUAAAGCAAGAAGGGAGGAAUAAUUUCACAUGUCAGUACUGUGCUCUGCAGUCAGCGUGCGCUUCCAGGCAAGAGGCAAUGUUAGGUUUUGAUGAUGUUGCAGAAAGGCAAAAGUGUUAGGAGGUCAACGCAUUCUUCAGGUCUGACUACGAGCAAUCAAAAGUUCUGUACAUCCUAUUCAAGCUGCUGCUCCGUUCUCAGUGACGUACACACUGUUUCACCAAUUUUAUCACCAAGCAGAGGAUUCAUCAGGCAGAGCUGUGACUCAGGGCUAUCUUCACCACUUCCUUCUGAUCCCUUCAAGUACCUCAGCUGGCAUGACAUAGAAGAACAUGAUGUUCAAGGAAAUCAGCUUCAUUGUCCCCGUGUGAGAGAAGGGCCUUGUGAAGAAGAGCUAUUUUUCAGAGGAGAAGAACAUACCUUGAAAAAAAGAAAACAAGUAACUGACACAGAGAAGUGGCAAAAGAAACUGCAAGAGAACUGGGAAAACUGUGCUGAGCUGAACCUCUCAUUUCAGGACCUGGGUGAUGUUUACCAGGUGGAAAACUCCAGAAGGAUUCUCCAAAGAUUGAUACGGGUUGAAAAACUUUGGUUGGUGGACAAUUCUUUGACAGACCUAAGUGCCAUACGGUUGCCAAGAUGCAGAGAGCUAAAUGUCAAUAAAAACUACUUUACAUCCUUCAGACAGCUGCCAAAGUUACCUCAGAUUCAGCACCUGUCACUGGCUGAAAAUAACAUUAUGACACUGAGUGGAAUAUCAGACUUGAGACAUACUCCGCUUGAAUCCCUUGUACUCAAGAGGAAUCCCUGUGAGUUUCAAGAAAGCUACAGGCAACAUGUAUUCUCCAGUUUGCCAAAUCUGAAGGUACUGGAUGGUGUCCCAAAACUGCCAGAGGACUAUUCACUCCCAGAUACCAGUUUUUUCCCCAGAAUGUGCACUGUACUCUAGCACUGUAUUUGUGUGGGAUCACAGCUGUGCUAGAAUCACCUUACUUAAAAGAAUCAGUAAAUUCUGUACAUGAAAACUACUCUUUUUUGGGGCAUUGAAUCAGAAAUACUACUUUUUUGAGCGUGUUCUUGAUACCACAGUCAUCAAGUGAGUAUUGAUAACUGGAUUAUAAAUAAGACAUGAUAUGUAUGCUGAAUGUCAUGGGUUUCACAUAUUUAAAAUAUUGGCUGACUUUCUCGUCUAGGAACUCUGUGUAAAAGAUAACCCACAAUUAUUGACUUGCAUUGCAUUCACCAAACACAUGUCCAACUCUGGACCACGUGUCCUUUCUGGGAAGUGAUGCAGGGAUCAAUGUCCAGGUUGCUAAGG